GUUGUGAGGUCGGACCCGCGGCAGCCGGGAGUUGCAGCUCCCUGCUCAAGCUGCUUAGAUGUUCGAAGAAUGCAUUAUCUAAAAUAAACUUCGAUCGGAAUAAAACAGCUCGGGCUGGGAUCUGAAUCCAAAUUAAACCUCUUGCCGCAGCAUGCAACCUCUUUGUAGAUCUGCAGAUCUGGACACGGUUGGGUGCUGAAGUGAGUUCUGCACGAAUUGGAACAAGGUUUUCUGCGCACACCAGUUUCUGGAGCUUCCAGCGGGAAACCCACGCGAUCGGCUUCAUUUUCUUAAAGACUUUAUUGAGGAUAAUUGCAAGGUGAACAGAAGGUUGUGCGUGCGUCUGUGUGUAUGUUCGUUUAUUACUUUUGUGCUGGGAUGGUGAGGAUUUGAGUGUCGCUUCCAUCAUGCCCGAGUCUCGAAGCUGUUUGUGAUGAAUCCGGAAUUCAACAAGUACCGGUCGGGCAUGGAUUUGAUGCUGCUGCUAGUUCUGCUCUUUUGGGCUCGGGCCGCUGCUGUCAUUAAUUUGAAAUAUUCGGUGGUGGAAGAGGAGAGAGCCGGGACGGUUAUCGGAAACGUAGCAAAAGACGCCGGCUUCUCAACUUGGAAGCAGCCGGUGCCUCUCUUCCGCGUCUUGUCCAACUCGGCGCCGCAUCUGGUGGAGAUCAAUCCGUCGAGCGGUUUACUGGUGACCAAGCAGAAGAUCGACCGGGACCCGCUAUGCGGACUGAACCCCAAGUGCGUGAUCUCGCUGGAGGAGAUGAUCAACUCCAUGGAGAUCUGUGUAAUCAAAGUGGAGAUCCUGGACAUCAACGACAACUCGCCCACCUUCCCCACUGAGCAAAUCGAUCUGGAAAUCUCAGAGACGGCCAGUCCAGGCACCAGGAUCCCCCUGGAGAGUGCUUACGACCCCGACUCCGGAGAUUUCGGAGUGCAGACUUACGAGAUAACGCCCAACGAUUUGUUCGGGCUGGAAAUCAAGAGCCGGGGAGACGGUUCUCGCUUCGCCGAGCUGGUGGUGGAGAAAGCGCUGGACAGGGAGGUCCAGUCUCAUUACAGCUACAUGAUCACGGCUCUGGACGGGGGUAAGCCCCCGAAUUUGGGUACGGCCCAACUCAACAUCAAAGUCAUCGACUCGAACGACAACUACCCGGUGUUUGAGCAGACUGCUUAUACGGUGAACGUGCUGGAGAACGCACCGGUUAACUCGCUCGUUAUCGACUUGAACGCUUCGGACCCGGACGAGGGAACUAACGGAGAGAUCGUCUAUUCGUUCAACAGUUACGUGUCGGACAAGACCAGGCAACUUUUCAAAUUGGAACCCCGAACCGGAGCCAUCACAGUGAAGGGCAACAUCGACUACGAAGAGGGCAGUAUCUACGAGAUCGACGUGCAGGCGAAAGACCUGGGACCCAAUUCGAUCCCGGCCCAUUGCAAGGUGACGGUGAACGUGGUGGAUGUGAACGACAAUGUCCCCGUUAUCACUUUAUUUUCGGUUAGCAGCGAGACGGUGGAGGUGAGUGAAGCCGCCCCUCCCGGCUAUGUGAUCGGCCUGGUCCGCGUUUCCGACCGGGACUCUGGCGCUAACGGCAGGGUACAGUGCAAACUUUUAGGCGAUGUCCCCUUCAAACUGCAGGAGUACGAAAGUUUUUACACCAUUCUGGUGGACGGAAGGUUGGACCGAGAGCAGAGGGACCUGUACAACCUUACUAUCCUGGCGAAAGACGGCGGCUCCCCCUCGCUUCAGUCCACCAAGUCGUUCACGGUCAGGAUUACAGAUGAAAACGACAACCCCCCUCACUUCACCAAACCCUUUUACCAGGUCAGUGUUCGGGAAAACAACACCCCGGGCUCGCACCUCCUCUCCGUGUCCGCCAGGGACGUGGAUUUGGGGUUGAACGGAAGCGUAUCCUACCAGAUUAUCCCGUCGCAGGUGAAGGACAUGCCCGUCUUCACCUACGUGUCCAUUAAUCCCAACUCGGGGGACGUGUAUGCACUGAGGUCCUUCAAUUACGAGCAGACCAGGUCAUUCGAAUUUAAGGUUAUGGCUAAGGACGGGGGUAACCCCCCGCUGGAAAGUAACACUACGGUGAAGGUGUUUGUAUUGGAUGUUAAUGACAAUGUCCCCAUUAUAACUGCGCCGCCUUUGGUUAAUGGUACGACGGAUGUCUACAUCCCGAGAAACGUAGGCUCUGGCUACUUGGUGACAGUGGUCAAAGCUGAUGAUUAUGAUGAAGGUGACAACGGCCGCUUGACAUACGGCAUUGUGGAUGGCGACCGAGGCUUCUUCGAGAUGGACCAGACAAGUGGAGAAAUCAGAACCACUAGAAGUUUCGGGGAGGGGGCUGAGACCAACUAUGAACUGAUCGUGGUGGCGCAGGACCAUGGCAAGUCUGCCCUCUCCGCCACUGCGCUGAUCGCCGUCUAUCUUUCACCUGCUUUAGAUGCCCAGGAAUCGACUGGGUCCUUGAAUUUAUCCUUAAUCUUUAUAAUCGCCUUGGGCUCCAUUGCUGCAAUCCUCUUUGUGACCAUGAUCUUUGUAGCAGUCAAAUGCAAGCGAGACAACAAGGAGAUCAGGACGUACAACUGCAGAGUGGCAGAGUACUCUUAUGGACAGCAGAAGAAACCGAAGAAAAAGAGUAAGAUCAACAAGAACGAUAUCAGGCUGGUGCCCAGAGACAUAGAGGAGACUGACAAAAUGAAUGUGGUCAGCUGUUCUUCCCUCUCCUCUUCCCUGAACUACUUCGACUACCACCAGCAAACUUUGCCCUUGGGUUGCCGCAGGUCGGAGGCUACCUUUCUAAAUGUGGAGAAUCAAAAUUCCAGGAACGCCAGUGGGAACCACGUGUACCAUACUUUCACCAAUACCCAGAGCUCUCAACAACAGCCAGACCUCAUCAUCAACGGGAUGCCGCUUCCAGAGUCAGAAAAUUACUCCAUUGAGUCAAGCUACGUAAACAGCAGACAGCAUCUUAUUAAAAGUAGUUCCACAUUCAAGGACCUGGAACGAAACAGCCUCAAGGACAGUGGACAUGAGGAAAGUGACCAGACUGAUAGCGAGCAUGAUGCACACAGGGGUCUGUGCUGCGACACAGCCAUCAAUGAAGUAUUGAAUACAACACUCAAUUCCACUGGCUCUCAAGUACCUGAACAAGAUCAGAAUGAAGGCUUUACCUGCAUGGAAGAAUGCCGGAUCUUAGGGCAUUCAGACAGAUGUUGGAUGCCAAGAGUUGCAGUGUCCAGCCGUGCCAAGUCACCUGACCAUGGCAGAAAUGUUAUUGCACUGUCCAUAGAGGCCACCAGUGUGGAGUCUGAACCAUAUGAGAAUGGCUGUUCAAAGAGGACUUUUGCAACUUUUGGAAAAGACCCGAGAGAUCGCACGGCAGAGAACGAUAAAGCAGAUGUGAAAGGAAAGAGGACAUUUGAUCUACCUGUCUGCAGUCCCAAAUUGAAUGGUUCUGUCUCCAGCAGUCAGGAAACAAGCAACGGUAUUGACAUUUCAAGUCCUGCCAGCACGCCUGUGCAUUUAAGCAGCCCCUCUUCUAAUAGGCCUCCAGUCACAUAUUCUAUGAUGCACUGCCCAGUAGCACAUGACCUCAAUCAACCUGCCAAUCAAACCUCCUCACAUCUAUCUGAGCCAGGAUCGUGGGAGGCAGACUCAGAGCACGUCCAAGACAUCAACCGUCUUGUUCAUGAUUGCGGAGAGAAAAACUUGACGGGAGUUAAACGAAUACAAGACAUUGUGCUGUGAUCAGUGGGUACCACCUACAAUACAGAUAAAUAUUAGCACCGUGACAGUUUGUAAUUUGCCUUCCUUUGGUUUUGUGUAUGGCUGUAUUUAACUGCUUUUUCCUAAGUGUACUUUCUUACAUUAAAUUUUAUGAUAAGGAAAUAAAUUUUUGUUCUGUAGGCGAAGAAGACAGAGGGGCAAUUCUCAGUAGUGAGCUCCCAUAUAGUUCUAAGUUCAAAUUUAGCCAAACAGGUACAGUUUGGAUCAAUUUGCAUUGAUCCAAAUUUGUUCAUUUCCGAUGCAUUUGAAGACGUGCUUUGAUGGCCGAAGUAGAUGAAAGCAGCACCAGCUGCUGCAAGGGGGAAGAAUGAAACAGACCUAAAGAUAAAAAAGCGAUCAGAAUUCAGGUUUGCCCAGCUUCAGUCUAUGUCCAAACCAUUGGGAGCUCAAGCUCCAUAAGAGUACCACAAUGGUAGGAAUUAAAACUGUUGGUGCUUUACAAUCCUCAUAAAGUGGGUACGCCCCUGCAGACUUCCUGCAUAAAAUGGGUGACAGCCAUGGUGUACCUCACAUAAGCACAGUGGAAGUGUCUGAAGCACCCAACAACAUCUAAUUUCUCCCCAACCCUGAAAUAUAACCCGAAGGUUUGAGUCUAGCUGUUCUGUAACAGAACGAUAUCUCCUCUAAUUAGAGGGAUACCCUCUAACUAGCAGUGAAAGGUAUGUUCGUAUAACUGGCUGCAGAAUUCAGGAACAAAGUGUUCCGUUAAGUUAGUUGUACAUCAGAUAACUAUCUUGCAUCACUGCUAGCCAUAGGCUAUGUUAAUUAUAAAAGGGAAAUGCUGAGAAGUAACUGCAUUUUCACUUUAUCAGUAAGGUUUUCCUAUCAAUAUUGUAAUGAGUGUAAAAUGUUUAAUAUUAGGUAUCCUCACAGAGGGACUGUAUCCAAGUCCUGUGAAACAUCCUGUACAAUGCUGUUGUGCCAUCACCUUGCUGAGCUCUAUUUGUUUAUGUAGGAUGUGUUAGCAUAUUAGUUUUAAGCCCAAACAUCCUUCAUAAACUGAAAGCAGGAACAGAAUGUUAUUGAUGAAAUAGCUAUUGAAGUAGAAUUGAUAUUUUCAAGAUGAGCCAUGUGUUAUUUAAAUGCCAUAAAACCCUUUCAAAUAUUUAUUAAAUGCAACAAAUUAGCCAACAAUGGCAAUAUCUUAUCACAGAAGUGAUUCUAGUCAAUAAUAUACCUUCUGGCAGGGAAUCCUUCAGAAUUUGGAGGAAAUAGAUACUAAUUUCAACCUCUAUUUUACCUUUUUUUGAAUAUAAUUCUAGUUUUGGAAAAGAAUUGGUUCAUACUCAGUGAAAGGGUACUAUCCCACAAAUCAUAACCAAUCAGCAGCAAUUCAUUGACUCACGUUAGUUCUAUGUGCAUGUAUGGUGAAUAAGUAUUCAUACAAGUGGCAGUAAAUUAUGGUUCUUUCAUGAAUUAUCACAUUGGUUCAAUCUGUUGUCUCCAUCAUUGAUUUCUAUGGGGACAACUUGGAGAUCACUUUUCCAGGGCAGACACUUCACUAUAAUGAUCGGCCCAUAUUUAGGAAGUCAGUUACUUUGCAUUAAAAGGUAAAAAUUAGCCUUUUGAACAUAACAGCAUCAGAUUGCAUUUUUACAUUAUAUUGCUUUAUAUAAACAGUGGUUUAUGAUCUGAGAUGUAUAGUUCACAGGUUUAUGUUAGAAUGGGGUGGAAGCAUUAAGAAGAAAUUUGUAAAUAUAGGGUUAUAGAAUUAACAGCAGCCAUCCCUCAAUUUGUGCCUAUUGUUAACAAUCUUUGUUAAAUCUUCCGAACCAAUCUGCAGUUUGUUCCUCCAAUGCUACCCACUGUUAAACUCACAACUGUCAUUGUGUUAAUAUUUGUAAAUUUGAUCACAUUUUUUUCAGGGUGGCCACACAUCACUGGUGUGUUUAAUUAAGGUGUUCUGCAAGAGCGGUUCCCAUCUCUGAUCAGUUCAAAUUCUGGAAUAUGUUCCUUAAGACUUGUAACAGAGAAACAUACAAAAAAUAUAAACCCAGAGAGGAGAGCAGCUCCUGACCACCCCGCUGGUUGCUACUGUGUUUUUAGGCCCAAAUUCCCAGUAGAGAUGGACAGUCAAAAAUCUGCUUUCAAUGUGUACGAGAAGGUUCUUCAGUUCAAAGGCAUGGGUUCCCAGCAGCAAUAACCAGGAUUCACCAAAUAGAGAUGUUCACACUGCCUUUGAAGAGUAGUGAACUGCUGAGCCAACUUGGCCUUUAAAUAUAGGCCCAACACAUCCUGCAACUGACUGCAGUGGGAACAGUGUAAAUUAUUUCCAACACUCAAGGCUGAAUGCCAGCAGAAAUUAAAUGGUGGCGAUGGAGUCUCAUAACAUGGGGGAAAAAAUAGAGCAAAACCUUCUCAGACACAGAAAGCCUGCCAAUUGAGGAAUCAGAAAUCAGCAUGGAAGGGAAGGAGUUGGCUGUGGCAUGAAUACCUGUCCUAAUGGUUUCAUGACUGACAUAUCAUCAUGACCUGAAGCAAAGGAGUGAAGCUGGAAGAAUGGAAGUGAGGAAGGAGAACCUGAAUUUUGUAAGUGUUCUGCCAUCCUGCACUACUUGCAAAACUCCUUAUAAAUACAAUUCUUGAGUAUGAUUCGUGGUUCAGCUAGUGUUUUUUUUAAAUGUUGUCCUUUUUUGCGCGAUUUAUAAACAGGCCCAAUCCCUUGGUCCUCUGAGCCAUUCCAGUUUUUUUUGUCCGGUGUUCACUCUUCUCAUCUGUAUAGUAAUUCAUUCUAAACAGUGUAUAGCAGACACUAAGUCAUGCACAAUGUGCAAAACUUGCCUCUUUGCUUUCUUUCAAAGUGAAAACUUUUCAAACAAAGACAUGUGUUUGCAUUAUGAGUUGGCGUGUGAUUUUCCUAUCUUUUUUUAAACGGGCCAGCAUCCCAUUUUUUGGAGUAUUUUUUAUACUGUAGAAUCUGGGAGGCACAAUGUAGCUGGGAAUGGGGCAGGAGUGAGAAUGAUUACUGUUCCUCGUUAAACCUCUGAGAACUAAGGUAGCUUUAUGUUGCAUUAUUUGGGGAGGGGCCGUUUUUAUUUUGCAAAGGUGAUAGUAUUAGAUUAUUCUGCUUUUCUUGAGAAUAUUGUUCAUGAAGAAAUGUUCUUGUGUUUGUGAAUUAUUGUAACUCAUCUGUACGAACAAAGCUAUAUUUCUCCAAAUUAAAUUCAGUGUUACAGAUGUGGGAGCAAAAGCUUUUCAGUGCUUUGCAAAAGUAUAAAAGGAAGCCCAAUGCCUUGAAGGUCAAACUUGGGUCAUUUUCCCUGCACCCUCCCCAAACUCCACACCUUUCCCCUCUCUAGCCAUUGUAUUAGUGGAAUGUAUAGAUUAACUCUGUUCUGUAACGUGGUCAGUUUACAAAUGAGGAAGAAAGAAGGCUACUUCUGUAAAAGAAUCUAUUGUCAGAGAUUUACACAUGUCAGUAUUUCUCUUGUAAGAGGAAAAGCCUAAUUACAGAAUGGAGUGACAUUCAGCUAUCAUCGGAAACAGACAAAUGUGCUGCUACACUGUAAGCAUAGAGAAAAAUAACAAUUUCUCAUCUCAGUUCACAUCUGAUAAUGCUGGUCAUUUGCCAAAAAAAAGCUCAAUGGGAGCCUACACCAAGGACUGUUUACCAGAUUGUCUGUCAAAGAUUGUGUGAAAUGAUAAGAUAAUGCUGUAUAUGCAUAUAUGGUAUGUACAUUUUCAGUGAUUGGUUCAUUGUAAAAUAAGAACCACAUUUCUGUAUAUUUUAUGAAAAUAUAAA